UCCACAUUUCUUUGUAUAGACUUACUAGUAUAUAAAAACUAUAUAAACGCUCCCCUCGGGCACUACGCAUGCUGCAGAGUAGAGUGGUGCGUUAUGAUUUCCAGCUCGGAGGAAGAAGACGAUGUAGAACCUAAUGACAUAAGAGAAAAACUUCUUUGGGCAGCUGAAAAGGGAAACUUGGAACUGCUACAGGAUAUUAUUUUGCAAGAACCUACGGUGAUUUCUCACAGGGAUGGAGAUGGAUACACGGCAUUGCACAGAGCAUCAUAUGAAGGACGCACAGAAGUGGUAAAGUUUCUUCUGAAGCAAGGGGCAGAUCUUCAUGCAAAAACUAGUGAUGGUUGGACUCCUUUACAUUCAGCAUGCAGAUGGAAUGAGGUUGGAGUUUGCGGCAUUUUACUUCAUAAUGGUGCGGAUGUCAAUUCACAAUCACAUGGAUUACAAACCCCUCUGCAUCUUGCAGCAAGUUGCAAAAAUUCUAAAAGCAUAUUGAUGCUCUUGCUGUCACAGAAAGAUGUGAAACCAGAUUUGAAGAAUUCCAUUGGAGAAACGGCUUUUGAAAUUGCAAGGAGAACGGACAAGUAUAGCAACCUAUUUGAUGCUGUCGCAACAUGUGUUACAGAAUACUGUUGAAUAAUCACUAUCACUUGGCUGCUGGAAGUCCUUCCUCCCACUGAUGAUCUAAGGUGCUUUGCACCCCAUAUGUGCAAUCAAUGUUAGUUUGGCCGCGAAUAAAUUUAUUAAUAUCAAUAAAA